AUGGGGUCUAGGAUCAUCAUUGCGUUUAUUACUCCGUAUGGCAGUUGUAUUCUGCGGUUGAUUGUGUCACUGCGGGGCUGGUCGAAAUUUAGUCAAAGGUUCAGGCGGCAAAUACUACACUCUGUGUCUACUAGAAUUCGAAGUUCAUGUAUUCAUAUUUCUUCACCUUAUAACUCUCUAGUCAAUCCCAAAAUAUCUAAAUAUACCGCUGCUGUUAAUUACGCCUGCGCUAAAUAA